AGGAGAAGGAGCAGGACACAAGUUGAAGCAGGAACGCGAGGCGCAACGUUGUGCCUUCCUUUCCAGGCGCUGGUUUAUCUGAAGGCUUCCUCUUCCUGCGUAAAAGAAGUCUUGCGCGAGUGUAGGUCUCUCCAUUCGUCGACGAUUCUGCGCCUAUGCUUUUCAUCCGUGUUGAAGCCGCCGCUGGGAACCAAAGCACGAGCGGUGGGUGCUGAAAGGAUUUCCCAACAGCAGGGCCAUUUCCUGACAGUCCGAUCCUCUGAAAUCUUAACAAAUUGUGAUCCAGAUUGCGCACAAGAGCAGAGCAGGAGACGGCAGUAUGGCCCCUCCCUACCCAUUCCCCAUUCGGCCUCAGGAGGAGAUACUGAAGUGCUUGCGAGAGUUGGACUUCCCAUUCAGCGAUGCAGAAUAUGCAAAGCCAACCCCCGAGGCUGUCAAGCCUCUGUACCAGGGCUUUGUUCAGCUUCUCAUGCAGAUGACCAGGGAAGAGCUCCAGCAGCCUGUCUUCCAUGCCAUGGCUGAGCUCGAAUACCCUGAGCUGCAUGAUGACUCCAUUGGCGACCUCGCCAGCUUCCGGGCCCUGCAAAAGCUGAUGAAAGUUGCUGGGGUGAACAACUUCUGCUUGAAGGAUAUGCACAUGCCGGACACGCUGGGCGUGCGGAGGAACCUCAGCGCGCUGCUCAACUAUGUCAUGUUCCGGGAAGACAAGCUCCAAACGUUUCAGGAGCACCAGGACAGGUCGGAUUCGCUGCUUGAAAGGAAACAACAACUGGAGGAAGAGAACCUGCAGCUGACCAGCGAGCUGAAACGGAUUGAGGCAGAGCGGGCAGCAGACCGGCCAGCAGUGGAAGAACUAGAGCGGGAAACAUCCGGGCUGCAAGUCACCAUCGUUGCUCUGAACAAAGAGCAGGCGGCGCUGAACAAGGAAAACCACAGGCUCAAACAGCAGGCCAACGAGCUGGCGGAUCAGCUCGCCAGCGAAAAGUUCGCCCUGCUCGAGGCGCACCAGGAGCGUGCGGAGCUGCGGGGCAAGAUCGUGGAGUCGCCCGAGAAGCUGCAGCGCACGCUGGAGGAACUAGGCGCGGCGGUCGAGCGGGAGCGGGCCGCGAUCGGGGAGGCGGAGCGGCGGGCGCGAGACUUACAGGCCAAGCUGGAGUGCUGUGGCAAGGUGGAGCGGGAGGUGAUGAAGACGGUCAAGCUUAUGGAAGAGGCGGAGGCGGAGAUCGCAAAGUACAAGACCGUGUCGCGGGAUGCCAAGGCCGCCAAGGCCAAGAUCAAAGCGAAUGAGGACACCGCCUGGGAGCUCGACCGGGUGCUGCAGCACCUGCAACGGCAACACCAGAGCGCAAUGGAGCGGCUCCAGCGGCUGGAGCAGCAGGGCGCGCUAAAGCGGGAGGCGGCGGUGGCUGCUCUGGAGGAGGCACGUGCUCUUAAAGCGGAAGCGGAAGCGGAACACAAGGAGACGAUGGCCAAACUCACGGAGCGGCAGACGCAGACGCGCGAGGUACAGGCCAAGAUUGCGGACGUCAGAAGCGCGCACGAACAGGAGAUUGCUCUGCUGACCGCCAAGUACGACUCGCUUCAAGGACAGGUUCAUAAGUAUCACGACGCCUUGGCAGGCGUCAUGGAGACGCCGCCGGCGCGGCCCCCACGACCUGUCCUUGCAUGAAACCAUCUGUUCAAAAAGGUGUCCGUCUGACAUAGUCUGUAGCAUUCUUCCUUUAUGUGGGUCUCAGAAGUAGCAGGUCAGAGAAGCAGAGAAGCAGAUACAUGAAUAUAAAAGGAUAUUUGAAGGUUUUGAUCGUUCGCACCGGUCCCAAUCAUGGCCAUGUGAUAUCACCCUCCUGUGCCGGAUGGUAGUAGGAAUUUGUAUACAAGUUUAACGUCUAUAUUGCAACAUGAAGAUUUCUUCUUCAGAUGUUUGUCUACUAAAUAAAAAUUUUGGAAGACAGAGAAGAACCUCUUGGUAGUCC